AAAAGCAUUAAAUACAAAAGAAUGAAGUUGGUAUUUUACAACUUUCGCUUUCAUAUGAUUUAAAGAUGAGCCCAUUAUCUCGAGUAAUCGCACAUUACGGCCAGAUUACGCAAAAAAAUGCAACUUGAGCGGCGAUUUGUAUUUACGUGACAGUUAAAAAUAGGUUAGUUUCGCUCCACCGUGUGAUCAUGAGGGACUUCGUGCGGGGAAAAUUCACGUUUUAAAAAUGUAAAUACCUUAUUUUAGUAUUGGAGAUGUCCGACAAGAAACACCAGAAGAUUUUUCUGCAAAAUGGAUUUACGUAAUUUAGAAGUACUGGCUAUCCACAAAUACCCUGAGCACAUGGAAGAAUGCUGCAAAUUGAUAAACGACGAGUGGCCUCGCAGUGAAACCGCCAGAAUGAUGAUGCUACAAGCAUCUUGCGACACUCUACCCACAAGCCUUAUAUUGAUAAGAGAUAGAACUUUAGUUUUGGGCCACUGCAAACUAACUCGUAUCCCAAAUAUACCUGAGAGUUGUUUUUUAGAAACAGUUGUCAUAAGCAAAAAAUUUAGAGGACAAAAGUUAGGCUCUUUUCUAAUGACUAAAGUAGAAGAAUACUGUAAAAAUGAAUUGAAACUAACCAUGGUUCACCUAUCAACAAAGGGCCAAGAGAACUUUUAUAGUAAACUUGGCUACUCCGUGUGUGCUCCAGUCUCUAUUUAUGGUUAUUCUCAGCAGCCAUUACAGUCAAUAAAUAAAAAUUAUAGCAAUGAGAAUAUUGUUGCAAAACCUGUGCCAAAAGAAAAUACAAGUGUACGUGUGAAUAUACCUCCUCCCCCUCCACCCCCACCGAUUAACAAUGGUAUUAUACCGAUAAGCACUUUAAAAUCAAGCAAAACUUAUAUGUCGAAAGUAUUAUAGUCAUGUUUAUUUAUAUCAAUAAUAAUGUACAAAAUGUUAUUUAAAGUAUAGACCGAUUUAUACCUAGUUUUUUAAUAAAACAAAACUAAUGAUUUAACA